AUGAAAUUAAUAUGGUCGGUAGGAGCAACAAAGGAAAUCGGUACAGCUCUCACGCGAGUAUGUCUUCGACACAGAGCCAUCGAGUCACGGAUGAAAACAUUUAUAAGUACUUUAAUGGACCGCCUGAUAACACCCCUGGCUGAUCGUACGGACGAAUGGCGUAGGGGUUGCAACGGAUCUGGCGCUCUAAGUAGAGAACAUGCGAGAGAAUGUAAGAGAGCAAGAGCAGAGUUACGGAGGAGAGUUCACGACGCCCAAAGGCAUGCCAGGAAAGCUAGGCGCGCCACCCCCGAUGUGAAACGACGGGCCGAUGUCUGCUUGCAGGAUGUUCAAGAGAGAAAGCAACAAUUGGAAGAAAUGGAGGAGAAGGCUGUCAAAGCAGCGCUCAUUGAGGAAAGGAGUCGGUUCUGUCACUUUGUGUCACUUCUCAGUCCCGUGGUGGAGAGUGAAGUGGCAAUGUUAGCUGAGGUAGGUCACCUCCAAGAGGGCACGGAACAGUUGUCAAGACAGACUUCGGAGCCUAGGAGUUUGCCGGCUGCAAGCUUACAGGUUAUUUGCGAUAUUAAGUCAUGCUACAGUGGCUGGGAAGGGGGAUCGGCUCCACACUCUCCUUCCGCGUCUUCCCGCCUCGGAAGUCGGAAAUCUUCCCUGACAUCAAUAUCUUCCUUGACAAGCCAGUGUUCUGAUCAACAUGGUGUUUCAGGGUCAACAGUUAGUUGUUCGACACCAAUAUCGAGCGCUUCGUCGAGCGUCACGCCCGCGCCCGCUCCCGAUUCUCUACGCGGCUUGUCGCAGUCGGCGCGCAUAGCAAGUGUAUGCAGUGGGGAUUCGGGUUUUCGUUCUCAAGACGCUUUACAACGACCCUGUCUCUACGUUGAUAAUGCUUCAGACAAUCAAAGCGUUAGCAGCGAGUGUGUCACACCAUCAAAAAAUACGGAAGAUGAAAAUGUCGAGGACAAUGACGUCACGUCCGCUGUUGCUUCAGCAACAUGGCCGGAUUUAAAGGACACUGCACAGUUUGAAAGAGCGGCUUCUGCUAUAAUGGGGGGCAGACCCCAUACUAUAUCUGCAGCAUCCGAGCGUGGUCACCCUCGCCCUGCAUUAAGCGUCAAUACAUUCACAGAACAAACCACAAGGGAGACUAUAUAUGCUAGACCACCAUUGCCGACGAGAUGUUCGUCGCUAGAAAGACCGUCUAUUCCUGCGAAGACGAACGCUAAUACAGCUAAUAUGGAGUUUAAGGCGAAUAAACCAUCGUCUCUUCCACCGCAUCUUGCUAAAGAAAUGCCUCAAGCCCUAUACGUGAAUAUGUCUGAGCUAGCAACAUUAGCGGCGUCGCGCGCGCAGCAACACAACGCAGAGUUCCCACAUCAGGAAAAGGUUUGCUCCGAAAGCAGUGCAAGUGAAUCCUCCCUAGAGUCAUCUAGCGGUUAUGGAAGUCAAGGAGCGUUUGCGGCAGAAGACCACGCUCAUCAACAUAAUAUGAUACAACAUGCUGACGUUGAGUCAGAAAUCGUCACGUUAAGGAGGGAUGAUUCGAUCGCGACGGCUAGAGAGAACUUUUCGAUAUCGCUCGGGAGUUUGGAAGAGGCGGUCAGGUCUUUAGACGAGGCGGUGGAAUCACCCACGUUUGCGACUAUCGGGAAAAAACCCGCUGUGCCCAAAAGACGACCGGUUUCCAUGUCAGCAUCAGUUUGGUCCAGACGUGGCUCGUCGAGCUCAGUGGGCAAACCGCCCCCACCUGUUAGAAGAUCUUCCUCUAUUUCUAGGCCGCAGAGACCACCUUACCAUCAGAACGUACAAAAUCCAGUAACAUCGGAUGCCGACAACUUGCCUCCGCCCCCGGCUUUUCUUUUGCAACCAGAGAGUGACAAUAAUGCAGUGCAGGGAAUAAACGUAGCGGAAACAGUGAAACAGUUGACCGAACUAAAGCACAUGCCGGCUUCGCCGGGUCUAGUGCGUCGGAUGCAAAACCAAAACCAAAUUCAGAACUUAAACCAAAAUGAGAACCAAAACCAAAUUCAAAACCAGAAGCAGAACAUUAACCAAACUUCAAACCACCAACUGAGUACAUUUCAACAGGCUAAAAGUAAUUUCUCGUCGACAACAAGCCUCAACAAUUCGGGCAGUCUCAAUCCGAUAUACGGACAAACGAAAUAUAUGUAUGUAGAGAAUUCGAUGUUCGCAAGGAAAAAUAGUUUGAACAGCUCCAAUACUGAUUUGUAUGGAAGUAAUACAGCGAAUAUCUAUGGAGAAAGUAAGGGAUCGCCUCACGGCUCGACCCCCUCGACCCCUAGUUACGGUGAAACUACGACGUUCUCCAGCUUCGGACCGAGGGUCAAUAGUGACUCGCAUUACGGACAGACGGGUUUCAAGUUGCAACAAGACAAGUACACGAACAAGGGUGGUAUAUACGCGCAGCCCGCGCUGUCGGCCGCGCCGCUCGCGCGCCGCCUCUCCGCGCGCUCGCACUCCGCUGAGCGGCACCAUGUUGAACAUGGCGGUCUAAUAGCAAGUUUGAGCGCUAAGCUCGCGCCGCAACUCUCACCACGGACCACUCGCCGGACUAUAUCUAGUAUAACGUGUUCCGAUUCACCGCCCAAAGGCAAAGGCGCGCCGGCGGCCGCGCAGCCCGCGUUCCUGGACAAGCUGUCGGCCACGCUGCAGCAGCGCCUGGCGGGCGCGCGCGCCGCCGCCGUGCGCGACCGCAUCAACGCGCAUGCGCAGCCGGACCCCCGCGUAUGUCACACUUCUCUCAUGGAGCAAAUAAAACGAGGUGCAACGUUACGUAGAAAUAAAUAUUGUAACGAUCGUUCCGCACCAAAAAUACGU